GCGAUGUCAGAUGAGCGGCCAUCGACCACAUCCCUGGAAGACACGGGAUCCCACUCUGGCUCUUUGAAUACCCUUUAUGCUCUACGGGGAGCACAGGCGGAGAGGGAGAAGGGGGCUGGGUAGAAAUGCAGCCCAGUUUGGCUGGGAUCACUCUCUGCACAAACGGAAAAGGCUCCCCCCGGUGAAGAGAUCCUUAGUGUACUACCUGAAGAACCGGGAGGUCCGGCUGCAGAAUGGAACCAACUACUCUCGGGUGUUACAUGGUUACGCAGCACAGCAACUUCCCAGUCUCCUGAAGGAGAGAGAAUUUCACCUUGGGACCCUUAAUAAAGUGUUUGCUUCUCAGUGGUUGAAUCAUAGGCAAGUGGUGUGUGGCACAAAAUGCAACACGCUCUUCGUAGUGGAUGUCCAGACAGGCCAGAUCACCAAGAUUCCCAUUCUGAAAGACCGGGAACCUGGAGGUGUGUCUCAGCAGGGCUGUGGUAUCCAUGCAAUAGAGCUGAAUCCUUCUAGAACACUCCUAGCCACUGGAGGAGACAACCCAAACAGUCUUGCCAUCUAUCGACUGCCUACAUUAGAUCCUCUGUGUGUGGGUGACGAUGGACACAAGGAUUGGAUCUUUUCCAUUGCAUGGAUCAACGAUACUAUGGCAGUGUCUGGUUCACGGGAUGGUUCUAUGGGACUCUGGGAGGUGACAGAUGAUGUACUGACCAAAAGCGAUGCACGACACAAUGUGUCAUCAGUCCCAGUGUACGCUCACAUCACUCACAAGGCCCUAAAGGAUAUCCCCAAGGAGGACACAAACCCGGACAACUGCAAGGUGCGAGCGUUAGCCUUCAACAACAAGAACAAGGAGUUGGGAGCAGUAUCACUGGAUGGCUACUUCCAUCUCUGGAAGGCUGAAAACACAUUGUCUAAGCUCCUUUCCACCAAAUUGCCAUAUUGUCGAGAGAAUGUAUGUCUGGCCUAUGGUAGUGAAUGGUCAGUAUAUGCAGUGGGCUCUCAAGCGCAUGUCUCCUUCUUGGAUCCACGGCAGCCAUCAUACAACGUCAAGUCUGUCUGCUCCAGGGAGCGAGGCAGUGGGAUCCGAUCAGUGAGCUUCUAUGAACACAUUAUCACUGUGGGCACAGGGCAGGGCUCCCUGCUCUUCUAUGAUAUCCGAGCACAGAGAUUUCUGGAAGAGAGGCUCUCAGCUUGUUAUGGGUCCAAGCCCAGGCUGGCAGGGGAGAAUCUAAAACUAACUACUGGCAAAGGCUGGCUGAAUCAUGAUGAAACCUGGAGGAAUUACUUUUCGGAUAUUGAUUUCUUCCCCAACGCUGUUUACACCCACUGCUACGACUCGUCUGGAACGAAGCUCUUUGUGGCAGGAGGGCCCCUCCCUUCUGGGCUCCAUGGAAACUAUGCUGGACUGUGGAGUUAAUGACAACUAACUUUCUCCCGAAAUGCAGAUUUACACUAACUUCCACCCUCGGUUUCCUCGUUUGGUCUUUUGCUCCCCCACUGUGGAAGCUCUUCUGUUAGCGCAGACAGCAGUUUGCCAGUUCAGGCAGUCCCUAGAAGGAAGCUAUGCGGAAACCCAGAAGGUGGGGCUCUUCUUUGGUUGCUUGGCGGUUGUUGUUUGGGGUUUUUGUUAGUUUGUUUGGUAGAUAUUUUUGUUGUUUCCCCUUUCAGUAAUCAGAAUUUAUCCCCACCUUCCGCUUUCUCAACCAAACAUUGUUACAAAUCCCUGUUUUCAUUUUUUCCUUAAGUGACACACGCUCUCCUUUCUCUGGCUUCUCUACACUGGAAUGACAAGGUCAUAUUCUCACCCUUACUUCCCUUGAGAGGUAGGGCCCCUUAUAAUUAUGUGGUAGCUGUCAGACUUUCUGUGAAAGUUUGGGAGCCGCGUGUGUGUGUGUGCGUGCGUGUGUGUGAACUUGUGUGCCUGGUGGUACUGUGUCACUGAUACUACUCGGAGUGAGGAUUAUCUGUAUUAAAGUAUUUAUAAAAGAAACAACUUUACUCAGAGUCCAGUUUAGGACUAGCCUGUAUCUUUUUUAAAGUCUGACAUUGUAGGAAGUGAAAACUUAGAGAAACAAAUCCCACCAGGAAAACCCCUGAGUUAGAGUAGCAGCCUUGGGUGGUGGUGGGGGGCUUCAUGCCAGGACUCCACAGUGACCCACCCGUGUAUCCCCAAGAAAGAAUGCCUGUAUAUGUGUUACUUCCGCUUCCUAACCUCCUGUCUGCUUAGCCCAGGUCACUUGGCUAAAACAUCAGGUGCAUCUCUGGGACUGUAGAAGGCUUCCUGGUAGAGUAUCCUCUCCCCAGUCUCCUGCCUCUGCUUGGGGUCUGAUCUGGCCAAGAGCAGGAAGUCUCAAGCUUGGCAUGGUGGCCAUUCCCAGUCCUAUGACUUACGGGGAACUGUUCCAUUCCCGGGGGUUUGCUGGUAUUUCCUAACUGGGUUCUGUUCAGGAAGGUGUGAUUUGUGGUGAGUGCUUUGCGUGUGGGAUGUCUGCUGUUUUCUCAGCGCAGUGGAGCUUAGCAUUGGAGGUCCCGCUCCUGCUCUGUUGGCUCCUCCCCGGGGUCGCGUCAGGGUGGCUGUGAUGGCCUCACUGCAUGGGACAGCAUCGGUGGGGUCGCACUCGGCCUGUUCCUCUCUUGAACUGUUUAUAUUUCGCCUGAGGCUUUUUAACUUGCAGGCAGCUGAGCAGGAGCCGGUUGUCCUCUCCCCACAUCAUGUCGAAAGGAACUUGACCCACCCUAGUCUCGCUCUGCGGCGUGCAGUGCUGGUCUGGCAGCACCCAGGCCUGAGAAAGGAGUCAUCGGCCUGCAUCCAGUGUCUCUGUGUGUCAAGAGAGUGUCCCGAUAAUGGCAGGGACUGCUGGGGAAGGGAGGCGGCAGCCCACAUGACAGUACACAGCAUAUGCCACAGGUUAGAAUCAUCAGCCUAUAAUCUACAGAAAUAGGUGCUAUGAACAGGAAAUUAAGCAAAAUGCUGGAUGCUAUGAAUCUUUUGUCUUAAUUUUUUCUAUUAUUAAACUACAGGCUGUAGAUUUCUUAGUUCUCACAGAACUUGUCAUUUUAAACUGACUUGUAUAUUUAAAGAAACAAAAAUCUUGAGUAGGAUGCUUUGUGCCGUGGCCAGACCGUCUCCUGUGAUGCAUUUGUUUGAGAUUUUCUGUUUUUAAAAUGUAGCAUUUGAAUUUUUGCCAAGGAAAAAUAAAUACUAUCCUAGUGCAGAA